CUAGCAGCUGACAUUAGAGAUAUGCAGCAGAAGAGCACUUCCUCCCUAGCAUGUACGGAGUCCUAGAGUCUACUCCAUUACACCAGAUUCUUCACUGGAGGGGGAGUGAAUGGGUAGGAGGGUACUCCACAGAAAGGAAUUCGCAAGUGCAUCUCCCUAGGCUCUCAAAGGGUUUCUGCACUUGGGUGGUGGCAGCAUCUACCAGUCCAAGGUUGAGAAACUGUUGUAUCAGUAACUCUGAUUGCAAGCAGCUUGCUUCAGUUGUCAGUACAAAUCAAAACUUGAAAGAGCUGGACCUGAGAGGCAAUAAUCAGGGAGAUGUGGGAGUGAAGCUGUUGUGUGAAGGACUGAAACAUCCAGACUGCAAACUGCAAAAACUAGUGUUGUCUUACUGCAUGCUCACGGCUGCUUGUUGUCAGGGUCUUUCCUGUGUUCUCAGCACCAACCAGACUCUGAGAGAGCUGGACCUGGAGAUAAAUAAACUGGGAUAUUUAGGAGUGCAGCAGCUUUGUGAAGGAUUGAAACAUGCAACCUGCAAACUGGAGAUACUCCGGCAAUUCUGCACAGUUCACUAA